AUGGAAUCGUUGGGCAACAAUCGCUAUCAGCUGCUCUUCAUCGACGAUGAUGCCAGCGAUCUGUGCCUUGGCCAAAAGAAGCUGCAGGAGACCGGCGGCCAGCCGAAGCACAAGCGCAGCAAGCUUCCAAACGGCGGCGACAAGGCCAAGACCCUCAUCCUCAACAAAAAGCCCCUACAGCACAAGCUGCUAAUCUCGAAGAGCAACGGCAAUGGCCAUGGCAAGGGCGACGGCCUCAACAAAUUCGAUCGCCAUUCGGGCUCGGAUAAGACGGGCAUCAAGGCGGUGGUCAAGCGAAAUGGCGGCGGCGCCCACAACUGGGGCUCGGUGAUCAAGGACAUUGAGGAGCAGAGCAUUGCCAUGAAGAAUCCCGGCGGCGAGAACCUGAUCGAGGAGGACGACACCAAGUACAUAACAGUGGAGGAGUGGCGCGCCAUGCGCGUGGAACGGGCCAAGCCCAUCUACAACAUACGCAAGGCCGGCGAGGGCGAGGUGAAUAAGCCGGACUGGAAGAAGAUGAUUGUGCUGCCCAAGAAGAAGCCAUCGAAAACUGACAACGAUUCGGGCCUGGAGUAUGAUGCGUCCAUGUAUCCGCAGCGCGUUGGCCGGCUGCAGCGCAUCAUGGAUAUUGAGUUCAAGUUCAAGGAUGAUCGUCGUCGCAGCGGCUAUCUCAGCGGCUGGGCGGGGGGGCGUCCGCUGAACAAGUCCGAGGCGGAGAGCGUGUCCGAUCCCAUCAAUAUGAACGAUGAAAUUGAGUUUCCAACACUUGGCUAA